AGGCCUUACCUUGCCAAGAACGUGGAGCCAAGUUUGGUCACCCGUUCCUCAUGUCAGUUCGUCAGUCGGGCCCACAGUUCGUGCCCCGCGCCGCAUGGGAAAAUAGAGGGAGGACGAGCAGCUCGUCUCGGUGGCCGGUGAGGAAGCCCGCAUCACCUAACUGCACCACCGCGUCGAGGAGCUCGCCGCCGUCCACCUCUCAGUGCCGCUCGGUCUCAAUCCACCGCCAGCGCUCGAUUCUCACCGCCGGAGACCGAUUCGCGCCACCCGAGCUCAAUCCGCCACCGGCGUUCGAUCUGCGUCGUCAGAGAUCAGUUCGCGCCGCCGGAGAACGAUUCGCGACGCCGGAGAUUGAUUCACGCCGUCCGAGCUCGUUUGGCAACGAGGAGGGAGGAGAGGCAUGGCGACCCGAGGAGGAGGAGGGGGGGAGGCGCUGCUUGGGCUGCGCCGCUCGGGACAAUAGCUGAGGACAAAAGAAAAAAAUGUUAAAAUAAUGUAUUGAUGAUGCCUUUAAUUACACGGUUGCAAAGUCUUCAUCAAGAAAAAAAUAUUCUUCUGACUGCUCUAAUUGAUAACCCAUUUGGAACAUGUAAACUUUUUAUAUAUUCCUAAGGAUAUUAGAUAAUCUUCUAUGGUGUUUAUGCAUAUUAGAUAAUCGUCUAUGGUGUUUAUGCAAAUUGGAUUUAGUGAUUAAUAAAAUGCAUGUGAAAUUGGGCUUAAACUAGGAGCACCAUAAGCCUAUGGCUCUGUUAUAGUGCCAUGUUUUUCUUAUGGCGAUAAAACUGGAAGGUUGCAUGCAUAGAACAUUUACCAUUUUCCAUUUUCCUAAUUCCGGCCUCCAGCCUUUCUUGGCAACUUCAUAUCAAGCAGAAAAAUGGCCCUUCUAAAGAUAGAGUGAUCAUUUGGUGCCUUUCCCAGCAACCUCAGCUCGUGUAGGCGGUGGCGAUUAUGGCACAACGGAGCGUGGUGUUAGCGUUGGCGCUAUGGUGCCUGGUGGCCGACGGCGAGGCGGUGUGGAUGGAGCUAUCUACAACAGCGACCAAGUGCUUCUCGGAGAGAAUCCAAUCAAACGUCGUCGUUAUCGGUGACUACGACAUCCUCUUCGAUGGGUACCCAACGCGCCCCAUACUCUCCAUCCAGGUGACAUCGCCUUAUGGAAAAGUCUUACACCACAGGGAGAAGGUUAUGCAGGGCCAGUUUUCAUUUAACACAGCAGAACCUGGAGUUUAUCUGGCAUGCUUCUCGGUGGAUACCUUGGAUAAGGAGCUGGUAGUAAACCUCAAUCUUGAUUGGAAAACUGGGAUUGCAACAAAAGAUUGGGAUGCUCUUGCCAAGAUAGAUAAACUCGAGGGAGUUGCACUGGAAUUAACCAAGCUAGAAACAGCUGUUCAAGCAGUCCAUGGAAACUUGAUGUACCUCAGAUCCAAAGAAUCAGACAUGAGAGAUGUAAGUGAUUGGACAAAUUUUAAGAUCACAUGGUUGAGCUUAAUGUCCCUUUCGGUCUGCGUUAUCGCCUCAAUUGCGCAAUUGUGGCACCUCAAACGGUUCUUUCGGAAGAAGAAACUCAUCUAGAUGAGAUGAAAAUUCUGCUAGUCUGUACCAAGAACUGUAUAUGUUCAGAAUAGACAGCAUUUUGGCCCAAUCCUUAACUAUACGUUCUGAAAAAGAGCACCAAAGGAUGAGCCAUGUGUUAAUUUUGCUCUCAGGUUCCUACCAUUUGUAUGAUUUUUUUACCAAAUAGAUUAGGCUCUGCUUUAUACUCUUUUUAUGUGUACAAUGUACUCUCCAAUGAGGAUCUACUUUGCUGGUUAAGAUUCCAUUCGUUUGCUAGAUUGAGGUUUACAAACUUCCUAUGAAUUGUACAGAAAUUAUUAUUCGAGAUAUAAGCUGCCAUUUUUGAAA